AUGCACUCUCAUCUUCUCUUCUUCUUAAUUCCUGCUGCUGUACUUGGCGAAGUUUUCAGUGCUGGCGUGGCAGCGACCGGUCCACUAUGCUGCACCAACGGUAUCCCGGACGACAGUCAAACAUGCAAAAAAUUGGGGUUGAACUCUUACGCGUGCGAAUCUGUCAGGAGGAAUGACGAAAAGGCUCACCCCGAAGAUCCGGGCAGAAAAAAUGGGUGUGAUAACAAAUUACUUGAAGGCCUGUUUCCCUUCGGACGUGACGUCAAAGCAGUUGUCCCGCGCUCUACAAAUACAGUCGAGCUUGGGCCGACUUCUAAAGGAAAUACCAUGUUCGCAUUUAUUGGAUGCGCAGCGUAG